GAUGACGGGUGGCAUCGAUUGGCUCAGUCAUUCCAUUGCAAGCUGCGACCACGUACGUAUCGAUCGAAAUUUUUCGCGCGUACUUCUCUCACUCGGUGGUGAUCGACGAUUAUUUCAACCGUUUCUUCCUUUGUUUCUUCCCUCUUCUUUUCUUUUCUUUUCUCUCUUUCUUUUUUUUUUUUUUUCUUUCCCUCUCCCCUCCCUCCCCACCUCGUUCAAUUAAAAUGGAUAUCAGGAUGUUGGCAUUGGUCUUGCUAGUCAACGUGGUUGGAUCGCUCGCGGACUUACGUUCCCCCCUCUUCAGGCCACGAAGAAAUGGAUUGCGGGAAGAUAUACCCAUCACGGAUCACGCUGGGAUAUCGAGGGCGAGAAAACGAGAAUCCAGCUCCUCGAACAUUGAAACUACNUCCCCCCCUGUUUCCACCUUGCACCUAUACACGCUGAUCCCGCCCGAUCCGACUACGAGUCCAGAUCCCAAGACCAGCCACGCCUUGGAUCCUGAUAGAUCCAAGAACGUGGAUCCAACCCCGAAGAACGUGGCUCGAAGAUCGACGAGCGAGCCAGAUUCGACUACCGAACCCCCUUCCGCCAAAUCGAAAACUCCAACUACCACCCCUGACUCGAAGGAGGAUCCUUCCAACGACUCGAAGCCGAAAAGGCCCGCGCCGAAACCGGCUGGCAGAUCGACCACACCGAGACCGAAGCCGAAACCGACGAGUCCCGACCCGGAAGACGCCGAGGAACCGGAGCCAGAAACGAGACGACCGAUGUCAGGAAGACCGAAGGCGAAGCCCGUUGAUUCCGAGGAGACGGAUCCAGAACCGGAGCCCAGACCGAGAGGAGGAAAACCGAGACCGAAGGCAAAAGGCACGGAUCCCGAGGAAGAGCCUUCCGCGAGACAGCUACCGAGAGGAGGAAAACCGAAGGCAAAAGGCACGGAUCCCGAGGAAGAGCCUUCAGCGAGACAGCUGUCCAAUGGCGAAAGGCCGAAACCGAAGGCGAACCGAAGGCCCACGGAUGAGGAAGAAGACGCGGAGGAGGAUCAGGAGGAGGGGAAGAGGCAACCGUCCAACGAUUCGAGAAAACCGAAGAGACCGAAGGGAAAACCGACGAGUUCCGACCAAGAGUCCGAAGAGUCGACGAGCAAGCGACCAUCGGGGGGGAAAUCGGGGAGCAAGCCGGUUAUCGGCUCCCGCUUCGAUCCCGACGACGAGGAGGAAUCGAAUCAAAAGCAGAGGCCGGAAUCAAAGUCGAAUCGAAUGCCAACAAGCGCGGACAAUCCUCAGAAUCCCAAUUUCCAAUUUCCCACUUUCUUCAUGCCAUCCUUCGUUCCUGGCUUCUCCUCGCCUUACACGAAUCCGUACGGUCCCAACAGCAAUGCAUGGGCUGGAUCCAACGCCGGAUCGAGAGGUUAUGGAACUGGAGGAGCGGCGUCUUUCGCUUCGGCCGGCGCGUCGGCUGGAGCCUCUGAUAUACCCUCGAAUUAUAACGCUUAUCCCCAAGGGGGAUAUCCAGGAGGAUACGGCGACACCUCGAACAUGGUCAACGCACCUACACCAGGAUUGUAUAACAGUGGGGGAUAUGGUAGCUAUGGAGGAGACGUGUACGAUCCCAGUUCUUUCGCUUUCCCCGAUUACAACUUCGCCGAUUUCCAGAAACAAAUGGAGGAAAAUUUCAGACAGUUGCAAGCUCAAUUCCAGAAGCAACAACAAUCGCUCUUUGAUGCAACGAAUCGCAUAGCCGGUGAUCCGGGCUCUGUACCCGGUUUACACAGUGCUGUGUCCAGCAUUAAUUUGGGACCGGAAGGUGGUUAUCAAGCUGGCGCGAUCAAUCCAGUUAGACCAGGCGUGGAAUCAAGGUUUGGCGAGGAAGUGCCUCCGCCAUCUGGAAACACUUACGGGGUGUUCUCCAGCUCGAGCUCGCACACCAUGGUCGGCCCGGAUGGGAAGACUAUCUCUCAUAAAUCUUCGACCACGGGUGUAAAUGACAAUGGAAAAAUUACUUUCCGAACAGUCGAGGAUUAAAUUCAUCAAAUUGAUAAUUGGCACAAAUGUUUCCGUUUCCAAUUUUAACGCCUCUUUCCAAGUUUCUCUGUAACGUCGGGAUAAUUAUAAACAAAAUUCUUAAAUAUCUUUUAUUGUUUAUUAAAUAUACGUAAAGUGAUACGCUGAUAUGAAUACUCGUUGCAUUUAAGUAUAUGAUAAUAUCCCCAGUGUUGUGAGCGAAGAAGAUUCGUGAUUAAGUAAUUCAUUUCUGAAAAAGAUCGAUUUGAGAAAUUUAUUUUCUACUUUUUUUACUUCAACUUUUGUUUGAUAUACAUGAUAUAAUUUCAAUUCCUUCUAUACACACAUAUAUACAUUUAAAUUGUCUGUAAUUGCAUAUUUUUUGUCCUUUUUGAUGCCAUUUUGUAAGGUAAUUGAAUAUAAGAUUCGUUAUAUAUAUACAUAUACAUACAUUUAAAUUUGUAUUUUAUUAAACACGAUAUCAUCAGCAAGAGAAAUACCAA